UAGAGAAAAUGGAGAUAUUAGGCAAUCAGCUGUUUUGAGAAGGAAAAAUGGUGGUACAGUAUGUGCUUACACAGUUUUUGGACUUUAAGACAAUGGCGAGGUUCAAGGCGUGUAGUAGGUUUGCGAAGGAAUGUGUGGAGGAGUAUGAGAGGAUAUGGAAGAAUAGGUUUAAAAAUUAUGAAGAGAGAUAUGGGAUUAAUAUCAGUAAAUGUACUGCGGAGAUUAAAGACAAAGAGCAAAAGGAACCUGAAGAUAAGUUCCAUGUUUUGCACGAAAAUGAAGAUCUUCUUUAUAAAACCAAUCAGAUGUAUAGACUUAAAGACUUUCCAAAUACAUUUAGGAUGUUCUGUGGGAACCACCAGGUUGCCACUCUUGCUGAGCUUAGGGGAGGAUGGGCUUGGACUAACGAUUAUAGGUAUUACAUAUAAAAGCUUACAGGCCUGACUCUAUUUUUACUCCUGAAAUGCCAGAGCUAUCCCAUGUUUGUUGGUAUGACCCAUAUUUAAAGAUACAUGAUGUGAUCCCAGGAAAAUACUCUAUGUUUGUUAGGCAUUUAAUAACAAGCCCAUAUGGAAUUUGAGGGCGCUUGAACGUUGAUGUGAAAGUUGAAGCAGUGUCAAUCUUAGAAGAUGAGUCAGAAAUUGAGACCACAGAGGAUCUGCAUAAAGAACCAAAGUUCCCUAAACUAUUAAAAGAAAAAUCUCAAGAUUUCUUCAACGAAAAAUUGUGAGACCUCGAUUUAACCCCAUACUCUUCAGCCUCUAGAAUAAACAUCACUGUAAAAUGGUUCCAUAAUGACCUAAAUGGAAUCGGUGGAUAUAUCAUAGAUGGAGUGUUGCUUCUCCCUUCAGAUUUGAUGCUCUCAGAGGAUACAAUGCCAACGAUCUCUUCUUUCUUAGCUUCCUAAUCUUCAAACUUUGAGCAUUAAAACCCUUUGAUUGGACAACAGUGGGUAAAUUUUAC